CACAGAGACUCAGAAGACACCAAAAUUUAAAAUAAACACACAGAAAACUCAAAUCCUGACAAAUAAUGUGCUGAAAUUUUCAAACCUUUGCAAAAAGUAUGAAAAGCACCUCUGAGGUAUCAUUAAGGAAAUAUUUCCUUUGAUUUGCGCAGGAAAAGAAAACGAUAGUUUGGUUGAAAAACUGUUUGACGACUGAAACAAGUCACCAUUCAGUCAUGACAAUUUAGAUAAGUGGAUGUCAGACAAAGAGGCAGAGGUUACUGCCCUCGAGAUCUGUCUGGGUGCAAUGGAGGGCAUUAAAAUCAUCUCCAAUGAGCGCCAGCUGAAAGAAGUUUUUUCUCAAGAUGUGGUCCACACUCUGUGUUUUACUUUCACUUCUCUGGAGCAGGCCCUGGACCCUUACCUCGAUCAGUUGGAGAAUUCCCUUCAUUCACAUGAUAUGCCUGGCUUCAAGCAAGUCUCUGCACCUAAACAAAACCAGUGGUACCAUUCAAACAGUUUGAUUCACGAACUCAGGAGCAAAGCCCAAGAUUUGCAAAACAUGGCCAAAGGCCUGAAGGCCAAUGUCAAAUUCCAUUUCCUUGUAGCCGCCAUGCAAAAUCCCAAAAUUCAAGGAGCAAGCAUCUACCAUUACAAGCAAGGCAGACUGGUGUCAGAGAAUUUUUCAAAGCCAGAAGUCCCAGAAGUGAAGACAAUAAGAAACAAAGAAGACCUCAUCUUGUACGCCUGUGAUCUGACACUCGACCCAAACACAGCAAAUUAUUAUCUCAUUUUUUCAGAAGAAAACAAAAAGGCAGAAUGUACAUCAACAUGGCAAUACUGUCCUGAUCACCCAGAUAAGUUUAAUAAGCCUCAGGUUCUGUGUAAGGAAGCUGUUACUGGGAGGUGGAGUGGCGUGAGGCUUCUUACGUCAGUGUAGGUGUUGCAUACAAAUCAAUUGAAAGGAAAGGUUUGUGCCUUGGGGAGGAAGACAAGUCUUGGUAUUUUGGCCAAAAUAGUGGGUUUAGGCUUGGCGCAAUGGCGAAUUAUGGAGCGGCGGAGCUCCUGCUGGUGGCUGCAGAA